AUAAUGCCCUCUCCGGAAAACGGGGUAAGACAUAGAUAAAUACGUACUAUGUCCCGUGAGCAUAGAUUCAGAUUUAGAGUAUUUCAUGUUCUGCUUGGUUGUGCUUCAUGAUUUUAGCUUAGCUUCAGUGUUUGUAUAUAUUUAAUAUACUUGUACUCUGUAAUUGCUUUUAUGCAUUAUCAGGAAUUUCAAAGACUUGCCCCAAGGGUAAGCUGAGAGUGUCGAUGAUCUUGCUGGGUCUUUUAGACUCACACUUGUUGAUGUUGUAUGUGUGCAGGUGUGGUUAACGGUGACCAGGUAGCCGAUACUUGAUUCAUUCCAGCUUUGUUCAGUCCAGUUCAGUGGAGAUGGCUAGGACUCGAUCUUCUGCAUCUGCGGGGCGAGGGGGUGCACCAGUAGCACGGGGGAGAGCCGGGUCACGAGGACGGCCUCCAGCACGACAGGCUGCUAUGCCUAGAGGUAGACCCCCAGCCGCCAGACAGGCACCACCCGAGCUUCCGGCAGAGGAGGAUGUCAUGGACAUACCAGCAGCAGCCCCAGUAGAGGGAGUUACAGUUUCAGUACCACCAGAGCUAUUGGUCAGGAUGGUUUCAGUUAUGGAGGCUAUUGUUCCUCGUCUAGGUGGAGUUAUGCCUUCAGGUACUUCUCAGACUCGGGAGGGUGUGGGUGGUCAGACACUAGCCACUCUUACCACAGAGCAGCAGGUCGCACAGGGUUUUCAGACACCACCACCUGGUUUAGCUCCACCACCAGCUGAGGUGGUAACACAACCAGCAGUUCAUCUAGGGGGUACAACUUCGGUUACUGGUAGGAGUGCAAGUGCUACAGAUGAGCUUAAAGCUUUCAUGGGUUUUGGACCACCGAACUUCGAUGCUACUCCUAAUUCGGUGGGUCCCCAGAGGUUCAUAGACAGGUGUGAAAAGAUUCUGAUGACUCAGGGUAUUUUACACACUCACGGGGUUGACUUCACAGUUUUUCAGCUUUCUGGAUUGGCAGAGUCAUGGUGGACUACCUUGAGUCGUAAUAGGCGUGCAAAUUUGCCCCCACUCACUUGGGCCCAGUUUGUGACACUUUUUAUGGAUAGGUUUCUACCUCCUAGUCAGCGUGAUGCUUUGCGCGAUCAGUUUGAAAAGCUUCGUCAGAAUGACAUGACUGUGGCACAGUAUGAUGCAGAAUUCACCAGGUUGUCUCGUUAUGGCCUUGAGAUCAUUCCUACUGAAGAGGAUCGGGUCAGGAGAUUUGUGAAUGGGUUGAAAGGGUCCCACCGUACCGCCUUGGCUACUGAGGUGCGGAGGUCUACUUAUGAUCAGGUUCUAGAUAGUGCUAUGCGUCGAGAGGUAUACUAUUUAGAGGACAAGACUGAGCGAGAAGGGAAGAAGUCGCGCACAUCAGUGGUACCCAGUUUGGCUCCAUCUGGGAGCAGGGGUGUUCAGGGUAAGGGGUCAUCUAGACCUCCUCAGUCAGCUUCACAUAAUCAUUCUCAGGACUCACCUAGUUCUCAGUCAGCCCGGCAGGGGCAGGGGCAGCAACACCAGAGACGUAGUUCUUUUCAGAACAGGGCUUAUCAUUGUUCUUCUUGUGGGAAGAACCAUUCAGGCAGGUGUAUGAGGGGUUUCACUGGAUGCUAUACUUGCGGGGAGCAGGGUCAUUUGUCUUUUGCAUGUCCUAGAGUUGUAGGCGCAGUCCAGCCGGCAGCCCCGCAGCAGGGUGCCAUUGUGGCGCCACCUAUAGCCGCAGUUCCAGCUAGAUCAGUACUACAGGCAGGUCGUGGAGCAGCUAGACAGGGUACUCAGGGUGCACAGGCAGUGGGUGGACAACCCCGUUUCUUUGCUUUGGCCAGACAAGAUGUUGAUGCAUGUAAUGCAGUAGUCACAGGUAUUCUCACAGUUUGUUAUCAUCCGGCAUUUACCUUGAUGGAUCCUGGAUCCACUUAUUCUUAUGUAUCCCCAUUUUAUGCUACUUGUUUGGAGCGGGUACUCGAUUACGUAGAUGCGUCUUUUCUAGUAUCUACCCCAGUUGGGGAGUCUAUAGUGGUAGAUCGAGUAUAUCGUGAUUGUAUAGUAUCUAUUCAGAGUACAGAGACCUUGGUGAAUCUUCACGAGCUUCAGAUGGUCAGUUUUGAUGUCAUCAUGGGUAUGGAUUGGUUGGCAGCCUGUUAUGCUACACUUGAUUGUCGUAAAAGCUAG